CCCGUGUGCUGCGAGCAAUGUGCGCAAAGUGCCUUUGCAUUCGCCGGCCAGUGCCGGAGCUCUGGGCAGAGGUAGCUCGCUCGCAGACGUGCUGGGACAACCGAGGUGGCCCCGUCCUGCGGCUGGUGGCCCCCGCCGGACCAUGGCAUGGGCACAGGGGGAUCUGACAUCCUCGCUCUCCAUCGUCAUCAGCUUGGCUGCCUGCCUGUCGGCCACCACCAGCGAAGUGAACUUGCUGGACACAUCAACAAUCCUGGGAGACUGGGGCUGGAUGACUUACCCCUCACAUGGGUGGGAUUCCAUCAAUGAAAUGGAUGAGUUCUUCAGCCCCAUCCACACCUACCAGGUGUGUAACGUCAUGACCCCCAACCAGAACAACUGGCUCCGCACCAACUGGGUGCAGCGGGACGGAGCGCGGCGCGUCUACGCCGAGAUCAAAUUCACGCUCAGGGACUGCAACAGCAUGCCAGGCGUGCUGGGCACCUGCAAGGAGACCUUCAACCUGUACUACAUGGAGUCUGACCGCGACCUGGGCAGCAGCACGCGGGAGAGCCAGUUCCUGAAGAUCGACACCAUCGCGGCGGAUGAGAGCUUCACCAGCGUGGACCUGGGCGUGCGGCGCCUGAAGCUGAACACGGAGGUGCGGGGUGUGGGGCCCCUGAGCAAGAGGGGUUUCUACCUGGCCUUCCAGGACAUCGGGGCCUGCAUUGCCAUCGUGUCUGUGCGUGUGUACUACAAGAAGUGCCCGGCUACAGUGAGGAACUUGGCGUCCUUCUCCGAGGCCGUGACCGGCGCGGACUCCUCCUCCCUGGUGGAAGUGCGGGGAGAGUGCGUGGGGCAUUCGGAGGAGAGGGACACCCCCAAAAUGUACUGCAGUGCCGAGGGGGAGUGGCUGGUGCCCAUUGGGAAGUGUGUGUGCAGUGCUGGCUACGAAGAGCAGCGCGAUUCCUGCAUGGCCUGCCAGCUGGGAUUUUACAAAUCAGCCCCUGGGGACCAGCUGUGUGCCAAGUGUCCCCUGCACAGCCACUCGGAGAGCCGGGCAGCUCGCGUGUGCCGCUGUGACAGCAGCUUCUACCGCGCCGUGCAGGACCCUCCCUCGGCCGCCUGCACACGGCCCCCCUCUGCUCCGGUGAACCUGAUCUCCAGCGUGAACGGCACCUCGGUGACCCUGGAGUGGGGCCCGCCGCUGGACAAGGGCGGCCGCGCGGACGUCGUGUACAACGUGCGGUGCCGGCGCUGCGCGGGGGACGCGGGGCCGUGCGAGGCGUGCGGCAGCAGCAUCCGCUUCGUGCCCCAGCAGAUGAGCCUGGUGCAGGGAGCGCUGACCGUCACCAACCUCCUGGCGCACACCAACUACUCCUUCUGGGUGGAGGCCGUCAACGGCGUCUCCGACCUCAGCCUGGAGUCCAGGAGAGCGGCGGUGGCCAACAUCACGACAAACCAGGCAGCCCCGUCACAGGUGGUGGUGGUGCAUCAGGAGAGCACAGGCCAGAACAGUGUCACCUUGCUGUGGCAAGAGCCAGACCAGCCCAAUGGCAUCAUCCUGGAGUACGAGAUCAAGUACUAUGAGAAGGACAAGGAAAUGCAGAGCUACUCAACUCUGAAAUCCAAGAGCACCACUGCCACCAUCUCUGGGCUCAAGCCUGCAACCCGCUACAUCUUCCAGGUGCGGGCUCGCACCUCUGCCGGCUGCGGGCGGUUCAGCCAGACUGUGGAGGUGGAAACGGGGAAACCAGUGUCUCUCCGCUACGACACGAUGACCAUUGUCUGGAUCUGCCUCACACUCAUCACUGGCCUCGUCGCCUUGCUGGUGGUUCUGAUCUGCAAGAAGAGGCACUGUGGGUACAGCAAGGCUUUCCAGGACUCUGAUGAGGAGAAGAUGCAUUAUCAGAAUGGACAAGUGAAGUUCCCCGAGUCCAAGUUCUACGUGGACCCGCACACGUACGAGGACCCCUGUCAAGCUGUGCAUGAGUUCACCCGUGAAAUAGAGGCCUCCCGCAUCAAGAUUGAGAAGGUCAUUGGGUCUGGGGAGUCUGGAGAGGUGUGCUACGGCCGCCUGAAGCUGCCAGGGAAGAGGGAGAUUCCUGUGGCCAUCAAAGCACUGAAGGCAGGCUACACAGAGAAGCAGAGGAGGGACUUCCUGAGUGAGGCCAGCAUCAUGGCACAGUUCGACCACCCCAACGUCAUCCACCUGGAGGGGGUGGUCACCAGGAGCAAAUUGGUAAUGAUUGUUACUGAAUACAUGGAGAACGGCUCGCUAGACACCUUCCUCAGGAAACACGACGGGCAGUUCACCAUCAUCCAGCUGGUGGGGAUGCUGCGGGGCAUUGGGGCUGGCAUGAGGUACCUGUCUGACCUGGGCUACGUGCACCGGGACCUGGCAGCCCGAAACAUCCUGGUCAACAGCAACCUGGUGUGCAAGGUGUCGGAUUUCGGCCUCUCCCGCAUCCUGGAGGACGACCCCGACGCUGCAUACACCACCACGGGUGGGAAGAUCCCGAUCCGCUGGACGGCUCCCGAGGCCAUCGCCUUCCGCAAGUUCUCCUCGGCCAGCGACGUCUGGAGCUACGGCAUAGUCAUGUGGGAGGUGCUGGCCUACGGAGAGCGGCCCUACUGGAACAUGACCAACCGGGACGUGAUUAACUCAGUGGAGGAGGGGUACCGCCUGCCUGCCCCCAUGGGCUGCCCCAGCACCCUGCACCAGCUGAUGCUGGACUGCUGGCAGAAGGAGCGCAGCGAGAGGCCCCGCUUCUCGCAGAUCGUGGCCAUCCUGGACAAGCUGAUCCGCAACCCCGACAGCCUCAAGUGCUCGGGCACCCUGCACAGGUUCACCCAGACACGCCUGGACAGGGGUCUCCUGGACCUGACCAGCUGCUUGACCGUGGAGGACUGGCUGGACUCCAUCCGGCUGGGGCACUACCGCGACAACUUUGCCAUGGCCGGGUACUCGUCCCUGGGCAUGGUGAUGCGCAUGAACCUCGAGGAUGUUCGGAGUCUGGGCAUCACCAUGAUGGGCCACCAGAAGAAGAUCCUGAACAGCAUCCAGGCCAUGAGGUCCCAGCUGCUGAACACAAAUGGCCCCAGGAGGCAUCUCUGAUCACAAGCUCUGCAGAGCUGCAGCAGGCAUUCCUUAACACUUACCCUGGCAAAGGGGCAGCAGGGUGGUGAGCAGGAACAGGGGCACCAGGAGCUGGAGCCCUGCCAGCAUCUCUGUGAUUUCAGCAUUGGUAUUGCAGAUACCUUGGUGGUCCUGUUGCCCCCUUGCCCCACCUGAAGGGGGGAGCAGCCUCCCAAGAGGACACAUCAUGACUCUGCCACUUCCCUGUGGCUCUGGGUGUCUCCCCUCAGCUAUGCAGGACAGGAGACAGCUCCUUCAGCCAGAGGGAUGGUCCAGCUGCUCCUGCAGGUGCAGGGGUAUCAGACACAUCAGCAAUAACCAGGAGCAGUGGCUGGGCUUGCUGUGGCACACUGCUCCUUUGGGUCAGGCAGCUGAGGAGCUCCUUGGGUCUCUGACCUGGCAGGGACAGCCCUGCUUCCCACACCUCCCAGCCUGCUCCAGCCUGGACCUCCUGACCUGCACCAGCCCAAAGGUGACCUCAUGGGCCACCUCUACCAAGAGCAGGAGGGCAGGGGACACAACACAAGGUGGCAGUGCCAGGAACAGCUGGCUCUGCCUUCAGACCGUACUGCCCAGCUCAGAGGAUUGUCCUGGAGACUCGAGUGCUGAGUGCUGCAGGACACUGUGCACCUCUUUAACCCACCAGUGCUGCUCCUCCACAGAUCCAGCACAGCCCUCCAGGCAGCUCAGAAAUAUUUUCUAGGCCCACAAGUUCAGGUUUCUCUGCCAGCAGAAUCAUCCUGGCCUCCCCCAGAACAGAAUGGGAGAGUGUGCUCCCAUGUCACAUGCUGGAGGGACAGAGAAACAAUUCUUUGUUCUUGUGUUGUCCUAGAGAACCCAAGAGCUGUGCCAUCACCUGGCUGCCAGGUCACCUGCAGAGAAAGGGUCCUGGCAGUGUUUCCAGUUGCAACCACAGCAUCCUGUGGCUGAGGACAGGAGCUCUGGGAACAGAUGAUCUCACUGCUGGUGACCCCAGUGUCUGGGAGGGUGGUCUGUCCUGCACAGGAGCAUCUCUCUGGGUGAGCUCACCUGGUGCUGAGCAGUGGCCUCUGAAGAUGUGGGAGCUGGUCCAGAGGCUGAGCUGGGCAGAGGUGCAGAUGAACUGGGGAGUGUGAGCUGGGAGCUCCUUUUGGUGUAAAUACAAAUUUCUAUGGGUUUGGGAACUGUUUUACUGAAGUAGGAUGUUAAGUACACAAAAUGGUCUCAAAGCACAGAAGCCUCAGUCGUGGGGCUGAACUCACUGCAAAAAAAAAUCUGCUGGGAGCAUGGCUGGGGUGGGGGGUGACAGGAGGGGGGCUGGAGGGGAGCCAAGCUCCAGCCUGGCCACAGCACCCUGUCCUCACGGGCACAGCAAACCCAGCAUCACUGCAAUGCAGGUGCUGGUGGGGUGCAGCCUCGGGGCUGCUCCUGCCAGGCCUGUUUGGGCACACAGGGGUGGGGGGUGGGUUAAAGCCAUUUCUCAGCUGCAAUAAUCCUGGCUAGACCAGCCUGUGCAGGGCUGGCUUGGCUUUCCAUGCAGGGCACUUGUGUCCUGCUGGAUUCUCUGACUAUGGCGGGCACUUUACUUCUUCCUAUGGAAGCUUUUUGUAAGGGGGACAGAAGCAAUGUGUUGUUUCAUUUGUAUUGCACCCUGUGUCCUGCACCCAGCCCUGGCACACUCCCUCCCCACAGCCAGCAGGUGAGGAAGCUCACCCAAGCCCUGCAGCACAGGGGGCUGGGUGCUGCCCUGUCCUCUCUUCCCAACAUUUGGGACUCUGUCAUGGACACGCUGGUGAGAGCAGAGGUCAGACCAGUGCCACACCUGUGUCCUUGGGGUUUGCUGGCAACCCCAGCCAGGUGGGCUGCAGGAUCUGGGGCUGGGAGCUGCCAGAUUGCCCCUUUCUAGGUGGUUCAUGAGUCAGAUCCUGCAGUGUGGGGUCACUGGGCUGCUCCUGGCUGUGGGGAUGGUGGGGCAGGGUUUGUCUUUUAUGUUCAGAGUGUGCACUUUCUCCCAGACAAUAAAAAUCGCUCUUUCUGUGA